UAAUGAACCAUAUAGUUGUUUGUUCUAUAGUUUGUGAAAUGUCUAAAAUUGCUCUUUGGUUCCGUGACUGUUGUUGAUUGAGGAAAGGUUAUAAUUUUGUUUUACCAGUCAUUUAGCCGUUCUUCAAACUAAUAACGAUGUCAAUCUUAGCGUAUAACGGCAGUGCUGUAAUAGCUAUGAAGGGAAAAGAUUGUGUUGCUAUUGCUUCAGACUUGAGGUUUGGUAUUCAAGGGCAGACUGUUUCGACUAAUUUUGAAAAAAUUUUUGAAAUGGGUCCUCACUUAUACAUUGGACUUCCUGGGUUAACUACUGAUACAUUUACCGUUCUAAAUAAACUUAAAUUUAGGGCAAAUAUGUUUGAAUUGAAAGAAGAUAGGAAAAUAGCUCCAGAUGUGUUUCUUUCAAUGGUCUCGAAUUUGUUGUAUGAAAGAAGGUUUGGGCCAUUUUUUGUUGAACCUAUAAUUGCUGGAUUAAAACCAAAAACGUUUGAACCUUUUAUAGCUUCGAUGGAUUUACUUGGUUGUCCUAACAAACCUGAAGAUUUUGUAGUGGCAGGAACAGCUUCUGAACAACUCUACGGAAUGUGUGAAGCUCUUUGGGAACCAGAUCUUAGUCCUGAAGAUUUAUUUGAAACUAUAUCUCAAGCCCUUGUUAAUGCUUGUGACAGAGAUGCACUUUCGGGUUGGGGAGCUUCUGUUUACAUAAUAGAGAAAGACAAAGUAACCCACAGGAGAAUAAAAACAAGAAUGGACUAACUUUGCCUCUGUAUUUUGUGGGAAAAACAAAAAAUAUUACACUUUUUAUAAUAAUAAAUAAAUACAAUUUUUCAUUUAUGUCUAA